AUGAGCGAGCAAGAUCUCCCAGCUGUCAGAGGCCACGUCCCGUACAGAGUAUGGGUUGUACAAGGCCUGUACUUCCUGGAGAUAGCAGCAUCUUAUGGUCUCAGCCAGGUCCUCCAAAAUUACCUUCAGCUUUUUCCGGAUGACCCUGUUCGCCCAGGAGCUCUUGGUUUAGGGGAGGCAAGAGCAGUGUUGAUAAUAUAUAUUUGGUUCAUAUACAGCUACAGCACACCUCUUGUAGGGGGACUGGUGGCAGACUGUUGGCUGGGCCGUCGUAAAACGAUCCAGGUUGGAUUCCUAAUUUAUAUAUUAGGGCUAGGUAUCAUCACUGGUACGGCUUUCUCGCAGCGGAUUUACGGCACAGGCGGCCUUCCUGGCUUCAUAGUUGGCAUGUUUCUUGUCGGCGCUGGUACCGGAACUGUGAAACCCAACAUAACAGUAUUCUUGAUUGACCAGUUCCCUGAAGAGGAACCGAAGGUCGUGGUUUUGAAGAACGGGAAAUCAGCGGUGGUGAGCCGUGAACUUACAAUUCGGUUUAUAUGGAACUCCAAUUACUGGUAUAACAGGAUGAUCAACGUCGGAGGUUUGUGCGGUAUCAUAACAACUAACGUAGAAAAGUAUGCCGGAUUUGGGUUUACCUUUCUAAUUUGCCUUUGCUUGAUUGUCGCAUCUGCAGCAAUCUUCCAAGCUGGAUAUAUGAAAUUCGAAACGGCACCACCGUCUGGAAACGCCAUCGCGAAUUUGUUCAACGCAUUGCGUCGCCGCCGAGACCCAGGCCAUCGCAACCCAGAUCAGACAGAAGUUGUAAGACAACCGGCUGCUCAACAAGAUGACUCUGCAACUCCAAAUAAAGACGAGGCUAUAAUAGCUGAAGCAAAGUCCGCACUCCGAGCUUGUUUACCUUCCUUUCCCAGCUCUAAUGCUCUCCAUAAAUUCAUGGACAGUACCCUCAUAGCGCAAGCAGGCACGAUGCAAACUCACGGCCUCCCGAACGAUAUCAUGUAUAAUCUGAAUCCAAUCUCAGUCAUGGUCUUCUUGCCCUUCUUUCAAAGCUGGAUUUAUCCCACGCUAGCCAAGAGAAAAAUCAAUUUCUCGGCCGAGCACCGCAUCGGCGUGGGCCUUUUCUGUGCCGCGCUUGCAAUUGGAUAUACCACAGGGAUUCAACACCUCAUAUACAUAACUGGUCCAUGUUUCAGCCAUCCAAGGAAGUGCCUUGCUGGGAACAUGCCUAACGAUGUGACCGUUGGACUUCAAACACCGCCUUACGUAUUUCUCGGGUGGGCAGAAAUCCUUGCGAUCGUAUCAGGUACCGAACUUGCUUAUUCGCGGGCUCCAGCAAAUAUGAAGUCGAUAGUUCAGGCUCUUUUCAACCUUUUCAGUGCCUUGGGCUCGGUUUUGGGUGUCGGUGUGUCGUUUGCCGCCUAUGAUCCCAACAUGGUCAUUGUAUAUGGAUCAAUAACCGGGCUAUUACUUUUUGUCACUUUUGCGUUCGAAUUGGCCUAUUUACUCAGAGGUAAAGCCUCCAGCUGA